UUGGUAGGGGGAAAACACUUCCCUAUUCCCUGAUCCCAACGAAAAUUAAUUUUGUAAACAAAUCGCGUCCCAAACUCAGGACUCAGGAGUCUGGUGAUUCGAGCGGUGAAGAGAGUUAAUCGAAUUAUCUACGAGAAUUUGUUUUUGUCGACAACGACUACAACAAAGGAGCUAUACGCAUUAGAACCACGCAAUUGACAUUCGACGAUGUGCUCUCACCGAAGUUGCCGUGUCGCAUUCGGUUGAUUCUUGUUGACAAACCGCUCGCGUCUCGAAAUUUUGCUAAUUAGCCAAUAAUGGACGUACCUCAACCUCCGGAAGAUCAGGAAUUGCGCACGAUCAUCGACAAGUUGGCCGUGUUCGUCGCGCGCAAUGGACCUGACUUUGAACAGAUGACCAAGACUAAACAAAAGGAUAACCCUAAGUUUGAGUUUCUGUUCGGCGGCCGUUACUUUGAUUACUACUUGCGUAAAGUCUCUACAGAACAAUCGAUAUUAAAUCAAAACAGUGUCAGAGAAAUAGCUCAAGCUGCAGUUGCAAAUAAUUCAGUUAGUACACAACAAUUGAACAUGGCUGCUGCAGCAGCACAAUGGUUAAAUUUAAACCAAACAAAUGAUUGUCAACCAUCAGUAGUUACCAUAGAAUCCUUGAAUGCUCAACAAGCUAAUCUGCAGCAACAAAUUGCCCAGGCAGAACAAAAUUUUAACUCACAACUUAUGAUAUUAGCCCAACAGCAACAAGUGGCUACUGAAGAUAAAAUACUGUCAGAACAACGAGAAUAUAUUAAUUCUGAAGCUGCAGCUAAUGAUUUAUCACUAGUUGAAUUGUCGUCUGUACUCGAACCAAUUAUUAAAGGAUGUACUAAAGAUGCAAUAGCGAAUGGUAAAUCAUGGAUUAUGAAGCAAACAGCCAGUGAACGAAAAGUUGAUGUAAUCACUCAAUAUUUACUUAUGGAAGUGAUGGAUCCAAAUGCAGAAUUUUCAAAACAAUUACAUUUAAUAUAUUUAGUAAAUGAUACAGUUCAUCACUGUAUUCGCAAGUCAGAAAAAAUACUGAAAACAUCACUUGAAUCGAUUAUUGUUCCAAUGUUUUGCUCAGCGAUGAUGAGAGCAAAUGAAGAUCAAAAAUCUAAACUGAGCAAACUGCUAACUUUGUGGGAAACAAAAAAUCAUUAUUUUCCUGAAACUAUAAUGGAGCGAUUGAAAAAUCCUGAUAGAUCAAUGGUAGAAUACAAGAGCAACUUAUUGGAAAAGUAUAGGGAUGCUGUCAAUCAACUCAACAUGAUUAUGAACAGUACAUUACAAAAUUACCGUAGCCAACAUCAAUCAUUUUUAGCACAUUGUAACAAUCAGAUACAGAGUAUAGAAAACCAAAAACGUUCGCUAGAACAACAAAAACAAAGGGUAACUCCUCUUUCAAUUCCUCCAGCUCAAGACGACACAAAUCGACAGCAUUUUAAUGAAGGCCGUUUACCUUCUCCUCCUUCAUACCAGAAUAAUAUGUCUGGAUAUAUGCAAGCUGACCAGCAAAAUUAUCCUCACCAAACAGAUAAUGGAUAUCAGCAAGAUGAUCAUUAUGGACAGCCAAUGCAAAAUUGUAUGCAACAACCUCCCUCUAUGUAUAAUAGACCUCCACCACCAUUUAAUCAACCUCCGCCCAAUAUACAUUUACAACCUCCGCCUUCAAUGGAGUUACCUGAUCUAAGUCGGCCACCUCCAAAUUUUAUACAAAACAACUUUCCUUUACCACCAGUUCAGCCAGAAAUUACACCAGAUGAUUUACUUCCUUCACUGCCAUAUUACGAACUUCCAGCUGGCCUUAUGGUGCCAUUAGUUAAAUUGGAAGAUACCAAUUAUAAACCUUUAGACCCAGAUACAAUCAGAUUACCACCACCAGCUCCACCUACAGAUCGUCUGUUAGAUGCAGUCAAAGCCUUUUACAUGCCUCCUGGACAUUUCGCUCCACGUGAUAGUGAUGGUUGGGAAAAACUUGGUCUAUAUGAAUACUACAAAGCCAAACAUUCUGCAAAAAAACAAAAAGAAGAUGAUAUUGCCGAUAAUAUAAGGGAAAGAUCAAAAUCACCAUCUCCAAUUAUAUUACCUUCACUGAAAGAUAAAUCGCCAGUUCGUAAAAAACGUUAUAGAAGCCGUAGUCGAAGCCCAAAACCACGCAGUCCAUUAAGACGAGUUGUAAGUAAAAAAAACAGUCCACCACCAACACCGAACCGUAGUCGUCGAAGACGUUCUCCAUCUAGAUCACCAUCACCUUCUCCACCAUCAUCUCAACGAAGUCCUACACCACCUUCAUUUGGGGGAGCUAGUUUUGGUAAAACUGCCCAAGAACGCUUGGAUGAAUCAAAUAAAGGUCAUCAGCUUCUGAAAAAAAUGGGUUGGGGUGGUGCCGGAUUGGGUUCAAAAGAGCAAGGUAUCGACACACCAAUCAGCGGUGGUGACGUCCGAGAUAGGACUGAUCAAUAUAAGGGUGUGGGAAUCAGUUUGAAUGAUCCAUACGAGAACUUCAGAAAGAACAAAGGCAAGGCGUUCAUACAUAGGAUGCGUACGAGGGCAGAAGAACGAAUGGAAGGCAAUGCGUAGGUGAACAAUGUCCAGUUUAUAUUAUUUGUUAUUGGUAAAUGUUAUUUGGUAAAACGCCUUUAUAUCUGUAGAGAUUUGGCUAAAACUCGUUGUAUUGCGAAUACAUAUAUAUAUUUUUAGUAAUAACAUUUUAGCAUACGGACAGAAAAACACCGUAAAGAACAACAUUCAGAAAUUAUCUACUACUUUGUGAAUAUUAUUAUUUACUAUAUCUUCUAUUUUAUUUAUAACAAAACCAAUAAACUAUAAAAAUAAUUA